UACAAAGGCUUUCCAGAUCACCAUCACGUCUACCACCCAGAUCGACUUCCCCGGCUUAUUCUGAUUCACAGUCACAUUUCCAGGAAAGCACUUUAUUCCACAAGACAGCUCAUCGCCGUGCACUCGUCCAUCUCCUACAACAAUGCGCGUCGUCUACGCCUUUGCUCUUGUGGCUUUGCUCGCUUUCGUGAACGCCGCUCCCGUCCUUUCUGCUGACUCGGAGGGACUUAUUGUCGAAAGGGACCCAGUCAACGCGGCUGCCGGGCCACCCAGAACACCUCAAUGGCGCCGGGAAGAUGAAAGCGCGGAAUAUGGGGGCGGCCACAACGGCGGCAACUUCCGAAGAGAAGAUGUCGAUGUUGAAGCACGUGCAGGGGGACGCGGUGGCAACUGGAAAAGGGACAGCAAUGGUAUUUGCAGGAACUGCGGCGGUUGGUGAUGCAAGGAGCCACGCUGCAUCACGAAUGUAACAAUAGUCUCCAAGCGCAACAGCCUUAUUCUUCUCGACACCUUUCCCUCAAGAUGCUGUGGGCGUCUUCACCAUCCCUUGCUGCUCAGCAUCUAUCUGAUCUAUG